UAAAACAAUCAGCGAAAGUGUUAUUGCCUCUUUUUUGAUAGAAAGAAAAAAAAAAAGACACUCAAAGCUCAAAAACUUCCCCAAAGGACAAACAGAGAAACUCCCGCAUGUUCAAACGGAGGGUUUUGGGAGAUUUCAGAGGGUAAAACUCGCCGAGAAUUAGACUUCAAGCUAUAUAAUUUCGUACAUCAACUACUGGAAGGGUAUUUUUGGAGAAUGAUAGCGAGAAAGAGUUUUAUCCGGAGUUGUUCCUUUUAGUUUGUAGUUUUGGAAAUGAUGUGCAGAGGGUUUUACUGUGCAAGCAUCCGUUUGUAAAAUUUUAUUUCUGUAGCGUGAGAGAGAUUCUAUGGAGCAACAAUUGGAUCAGGAUUCCAUUCCUGUUGCUGGGUCAUUAGACAAAUCUAAGGUAUUGAAUGUAAAACCAUUGCGCCAACUAGUUCCAGUAUUCCCAUCAGCACAAAACGUGUCAUCUUUUUCAACUCCCCAAGGUGCUGCCCCAUUUGUGUGUGCUGGUCCUUCUGGUCCUUUUCCACCUGGGGUUGCUCCAUUCUAUCCCUUCUUUUUUUCACCAGCUGAACAAAAUCAACAGACACCAGGUGGAGUAACAAAUACUACUGCAUCUUUUGGCCUCAAUAGUCCUAUAUCAACUGCAGUUCCAAUAUCUUCGUUCAGGACACCAACUGAGGGUACUUCAACACAAAAUACUGGCUCUAGAAAAAAUACUAGAAGUCGUGCCCAGUUACAAGAUGGCUACAGUGAUGGUCAAAAUGAUAAUUCUCAGUAUUAUGGCAUGGGUGUAAAUGAUGGGGAAGAUUCAAGUAAAGUGGGUCGGAAGAACAAGGCAAAGAAGAAGACAAGGAAUGGUCAGGACAUUAAUUUUACAUCAGAUGUUGAUAUUGAUGCAAUGCUAAAUGAAAUGGUUUCAACAUACAACCUUUCAGUGUUAGAUUCAAACCGACAAGCACAUGGUACCAUUGAAGCAGUUUCAUGCGUGCUCAUGGUAUUUGACCUGUUGAGGCGAAAGAUUUCACAAGUUGAAGAGUCUAAGGAACCGAUGCCUGGAAGUAUAAGGCGUCCAGAUCUUAAAACAGGUGCAUUUCUGAUGACCAAAGGGAUUCGAACAAAUAUCAAUAAAAGGAUUGGAACUGUUCCUGGUGUGGAAAUUGGUGAUAUCUUCUUUUUCAGGAUGGAAUUGUGCCUGGUUGGGUUGCAUGCUCCAUCCAUGGCUGGGAUUGACUACAUGGGUUUAAAGGUCAGUCAAGAUGAAGAACCGGUUGCGGUUAGCAUUGUCUCGUCUGGUGGGUAUGAGGAUGAUACAAAUGAUACAGAUGUGUUAAUCUACAGUGGCCAGGGUGGAGUGAACAGGAAGGAUAAGGAGUCAAUAGAUCAAAAGCUUGAAAGGGGUAAUCUUGCUCUAGAGAAGAGCUUGCAUCGUGGAAAUGAUGUCAGAGUUAUUCGAGGGGUGAGAGAUUUUAGUAACCCAACAGGGAAGAUCUAUGUUUAUGAUGGUCUUUAUAAAAUCCAAGAGUCUUGGGUAGAGAAAGGAAAAUCUGGCUGUAAUGUAUUUAAAUACAAAUUGGUGCGAUUACCUGGACAGCGGGAAGCAUUUUUGAAUUGGAAAUUAGUCCAACAAUGGAAGGAUGGAAAUGUAUCUCGAAUUGGGGUCAUAAUACCAGAUCUGGCUUCUGGUGCAGAAAGUCUACCUGUCUCACUUGUUAAUGAUGUUGAUGACGAGAAGGGCCCUGCAUAUUUCACAUACUAUGCUGGUCUCAAAUAUUUAAAACCAGUAUACUCGAUGGAACCUUCAGCUGGCUGUAACUGUGUUGGUGGAUGCCUUCCAGGCAAUAUCAAUUGCCUUUGCAUGCAGAAAAAUGGUGGAUAUCUCCCCUAUAGUUCAAAUGGGGUUCUUGCAAGUCAACAGUCUACGAUAUAUGAAUGUGGAGCCUCAUGUCAAUGCCCUCCCAAUUGCAGGAAUCGUGUGGCCCAAGGAGGACUUAAAUUUCGGCUGGAGGUAUUCAGAACUAAAGGUAAAGGCUGGGGGCUAAGGUCUUGGGAUCCCAUUCGUGCUGGAGCUUUUAUCUGCCAAUAUGCAGGAGAAGUCAUUGAUAGUUCAAAGGCUAAGGACUCUGUGCGGGACAAUGAAGAUGGUUAUAUCUUUGAUGCCACACGUUCUUAUCCAAACCUUGAAGUUAUGUCUGGUGAUUCUGAUGGGCCUCCAAGACUCCCAUUUCCCUUAGUAAUUAGUGCAAAAAAUGCUGGCAAUGUUGCUCGUUUUAUGAACCAUAGUUGCUGUCCAAAUGUAUACUGGAAGCCAAUUAUACGUGAAAAUAAAGGCGAGCAUGAUGUCCAUAUUGCCUUUCAUGCAAUCAGGCAUAUACCUCCCAUGAUGGAGUUGACGUAUGAUUAUGGAAUAAUCCCACCUGAAAGCGCUGAUGGAAGGAAGAUCAAUUGCCUAUGUGGGUCUUUAAAAUGUAGAGGCUAUUUUUGUUAGUGCUUUGUGAAACAGUGUAUUUAAGUAGGGAUGAAUCUCCUGAUUUGUGCUCUUCGAAAUAAGGUUAGAGAUCUCAACAUCUUUUUUGCUACUUGUGUGUGGAGGUGCAGACUGAUUUCUUGCCUGUUUCAUGUUGCUUUGUUCUUAGUGCAAAUGUUAGAAAGGAGGAGAGAAAAAAAAAAGAGGCUGCUUGAUAGCUUACACUCUUAAGAAUAUAUUUAUCUGAUGUUAAUGACUCUGAUCUUGAUCUUUUAGAUUGUAGGUAAAACAGUGGUACAGAUUUCUUCGGGCAUUUUAAAUAGAGGGAACUAAAGCUGUAUUUUAGUUGGUGUUUUUGAGUUAGCUUGGGCAAACUUGCAUGUUGUAGAGGAUUUGUAGUAUUUGGGUUCUGGAAUGAUAUCUUAGCUCAGUGUAAUAGUUUGCUUGCAUCAAUCUCAUUCCACAUUCUGGCAGUAUACGGUGUUAUGGAUUUAAUCUGGCUUGGAUUGAAUAAGUUUCAUAUUUUUAAAUUGUGGGGUCAACUCAGGGCAACCCUGGUAGUGACUGCUUGGAUGUUUAGACCCUUCAAGGUUCUUCUAGGUUUGGGUCCUAAGUUUGUCUUUGUUGGGUGAAGUCUUUCCAGGAUUCGUAGGUUGGGGGGCCAUGAGCAAAAUGUAGGGAAAGAGUGGGGUUCGUGACCCCGAAUUAUUAGAAAAAGGUGGUGGUGGUGGUGUGAAGUGAACAUUUAAAGUAGUUGAAUAUAGCAGCUAUAUUCAGUGUAUAAAAUGGAUAAUCAUGUUUGUUUUGUUUUCAUCACCAUGCCUUAUUGUCAUCUUUGAUGCCCAGAUGAAGUCAAGAAAUGACAGGGACACUUCAGAACAUGUAACAACUCUGGGCAUUCGGUUUGUUGUGUUGUCUCCGCAGCAGUAUUGACCAAGUUCUCACGAAUGUCCAAAUUUUCCUCUUUUGUUGUAAGCUGUAAAAUACAUAUUUAAUGAUGUAGCUUCUGGUCUUUUGCCUGUUGGUUUAGCUAGAUAUUAGUUCUGUCUAUGAUCUAGCGGCAUCUUCUUCUCCAUGUGCGUUAGAUGAUAUGCUUAUUAGCACUUGCCAUGGAUGCUCUUCUUGGAUGUGGGAAGAAAAUGACAGGGUUUCUAUUCAUUAUCAGCAACUGAUGCUAUUUUUUUUU